CGCGCAGAUGCCGAUUUGAACAAUUUCUUGCUCUUGCAGCUCAGCUUCCAUCAGGCGUUACGUACAUCUGUGCCUGCUUCCCUUCUCUUCCUUUCCAGUCAUUUUCGUUGCGUUUUUACGUUCGGGUUUGAUUCCGGCUGCCAAUAUGCCUUUCUCCGUGACGUGCUUCGUUCGCACGUCGCGUACCUUCGCUCGCAGCUCAGCUUCACAGAACCCCCUGCGACAGGCUUUGGGAGUUAAGGGGAGUGCGAGGUUUGUUUUCCAAGCAAGAACUUAUGCUCAAGCAGCAUUUGAGCGGAAGAAGCCGCAUGUCAAUAUUGGAACUAUUGGGCACGUCGAUCAUGGCAAGACUACAUUAACUGCCGCGAUCACAAAACGACAAGCCGAAAAGGGUUAUGCCAACUUCCUUGACUAUGGCUCCAUUGACAAAGCUCCCGAAGAGCGAAAGCGUGGUAUCACCAUCGCAACCGCACACAUCGAGUAUGAGACCGACAACCGCCAUUACUCCCACGUCGAUUGCCCCGGUCACGCCGAUUACAUUAAGAACAUGAUCACCGGUGCCGCGAACAUGGACGGCGCCAUCAUCGUCGUCGCCGCUUCGGAUGGACAAAUGCCCCAGACCCGAGAGCAUCUGCUCCUCGCUCGCCAAGUUGGCGUCGAGAAAAUUGUUGUGUUCGUCAACAAGGUCGACGUGGUCGAGGACAAGGAGAUGUUGGAGCUCGUUGAGAUGGAGAUGAGGGAUCUGCUGACCACCUACGGUUUUGAGGGUGACGACACCCCCAUCGUCAUGGGAAGCGCACUUUGCGCGCUGGAAAGCAAGCAACCUGAACUCGGCGAGCAGAAGAUCGAUGAGCUGUUGGCGGCGGUCGAUUCGUGGAUCCCCACCCCUGAACGUGCCCUCGACAAGCCCUUCCUGAUGUCCAUUGAAGACGUCUUCUCGAUCUCCGGUCGUGGAACCGUCGUUUCGGGUCGCGUGGAGCAAGGCGUCCUGAAGAAGGACUCCGAAGUCGAACUGGUUGGCAAGCAAGAGUUCCCGAUCAAGACCAAGGUCACGGAUAUCGAAACGUUCAAGAAGUCCUGCGAAGACGCGCGGGCUGGCGACAACUCCGGCUUGUUGCUCCGCGGCGUGAAGCGCGACGACGUCAAGCGCGGCAUGGUGCUUGCGCUCCCCGGAACGGUCAAGGCGCACACCAAAUUCCUGGCAUCGCUGUACAUCCUCACCAAGGAGGAGGGUGGUCGCCGCACGGGCUUCGGAAGCAACUACAGGCCUCAAUUGUACAUCCGAACUGCCGAUGAGUCCGCCAUCUUGACGUGGCCGGAAGGUGUGGAGCACGGCAAAAUGGCGAUGCCUGGCGACAACAUCGAGAUGGUUUGCGAUACCUACCAUCCCAUCGCGGUCGAGAACGGUACCCGAUUCAACAUUCGCGAGGGCGGUCGCACCGUCGGCACUGGCUUGGUGACCAGGGUCCUCAAGUAGGGAGCGAACGGAAAGUUGAAAAAUGAUUCAAAAUUAGAGAGGAAUAUUCGCUGGUGAGGUUGGGGCAAUUCAAUAGAGCACGGAGCGCAUGGCUUGGGAGUUAUUGCGUGGCCUUGGGUUCAUUGUGUACAAUACGUGGGCUAUGGGGACUUGUACAAUAACGCAUCGCACUGGGACCGCUCGAAUUCUCCACUUCACCAAGUGUACUCG